AUGGAGGCUGCGCUGGUUCUUUCUGUGGCUGCUACUGAAGCAGAAUCGGAUUCUGCAACUCUUCCUGGUGGAGGAGCGACUACAAUUGAUCGCGACUCGCCGCGUGGGAAGGCUAAUAUUGUUCCGGCUGGGGACAAUCAUGUUCGAUCAUAUGCCGACAUGGCGACCAACCGCGCACCUAAACGACCUGAUAUCCCGGCUCACCGGUUCCAAGCUUUGCGACCCACGAAGGAAGGCCAGUCUUUCACCUUUAAACCCCCUAAGGAACUGCUUCUUAAGGAAAGGGCUGACUUUGCUAAUGCCCUUACGGGACGCAUUCUUCUCAAACAAGGGGAAAAGCCUAGGACGGCCCUGGCGGUAAAGAAUGAACUGCAGAGUAUUGGGGCCCCAUGGAAGUUAAUUCCGAUUGGCAAAGGAUAUUACACUAUGGUUUUCUCUUCGGCUGACGACAAAGCUCGUGCUAAACAUAAACUUGUCUGGGAAGUUUUUGGUGGAUUGCUUCGUCUGAGAGAAUGGAGCAAAAACUUUGACCCGUUUAAGGAACACUCAUCGCUUGCUAACGUGUGGGUUAGGAUUCAUUAUCUUCCGAUAGAAUAUUGGCAUGCAGAAAUUCUGACGGGCAUUGCCAGAUUUGUGGGACACCCCUUGAAAAUUGAUGGGGCAACUGCGCAAAGGGAUUUUGGCCAAUACGCAAGAUUAUUGGUGGAACUAGAUAUGUCAAAAACUCUUCCCAAUUCGCUUCUCAUUGAUGGGGGAGAAGUGUCUUUUCAUGUGGAGUUUUCUUAUGAAUACUUGCCUUUUUAUUGCUCCAGGUGUAAACAAACGGGGCAUGCUCUGGAGAAGUGUCGUAAGGGAAAGCAGAGGGAAGAAGCUGUGAUAGAUAAAGACAAGCAACCUGUCGCUGCCAAGGCCUGGCAGCCAAUUGUCGCGACUGAGCAGAUGGACGAGGAAUUGGAUCAGAGUCAUCAAAAUAAGGAUGAAGCUGAGAAUGGAGAUAAGGCGAGUCCUACAGCUGGGAAGAUAUUGCCACCUGCCCCCGAUAACGCUAAGCAAAACACUGGAAACAGAUUUGAGGUUUUACAGAGCAGGGAUGAGCAGAUGGAAACGGAAGCUUCUAAGCAGCAUGUUAAUUUAUCUGACCAAGAGAAUGGUUCUUCAGAGAACGAGGAAGAAGUUGAUGCUGAAAUAAUUAUGGAAUCAGAUGGGAAAUUCCUCGAUGAGGAUACUGAGGUCCCUGGCUUGAGAACUGAGAGCAAGUUUAUGGAAGCGACAGGUCCCGAGGCUGUGGCCAUUGAGAAUGCGAUGAAAGCUAAGCGUCUGGAGCAAAUAUUAGCUAUCGCCAAAGCCCCUAUGAAAAUGGAGUCACCGCCGAAGAAAAGGGGUAGACCCUCGAAGCAAGCGUUAGCAGCCAAGGCUGCCAAGAAUAACGUUAAUAAGGAUGCUGAACUCAACACAGCGACUCGUGACAGUAUCAAGAGCCGUCUGCGACACUCAACGGAUACGGGGUAUAAAGCGCGAGAUUUCAUUAUUGAGAAUAGUUCGAGAGCUAGCAUUGUGGCUAUGGAUAAUGUUGCUACUGAAAGUUGGGCCUCCGAAGUGGAAAGAAGCGAUGCUUCUUCCACUCACUCACAACACUCUACAUGA